CAUUAAUUUCCACAAUUAUGGGGGAUAAAUCUAAAUUAAGAGAGUUUUAUUUUUUUUGAAACGUAAAAAUUUGUUUUCGGUAUGAGUAAGCAAAGUACUUUCAUUUUUACAUUUGCAUUUGCAAUAUCUAUAUACUUUUUGGCACAUGAUUUUAUUAACGAAUUAAAUUCAUACCGACAAAACAAUAAUAAUGAACAACAAGCCAUAAAUGAGGCAAACUCUUUUGAUUUACCUGGUCAUAGUCCACCCCUUCCAACGCCACCUCCAAUGGAAGCUGAUGUUUACGAAGAAAUAUCAGUGACAUUAAAACAAAUAAAAAGUCAAUUAGAAUCAUGUGACAAACAAGAUGUACCUAACAUGUAUGAUAGAACCGAAUAUCAAGAUUGUACUAGGAUGCCGAAUAAAUAUGAACCAAGUACUUCAAGAAAUUGUACUCAAGAUGGGUCAACAGGUUUAGCCUCAGAAAAUUUGAAAGACUUCUUAAAUGCACAAUAUAAAAUUGCUGAGAAUGAAAAUGCAAUUAAUGAAUUAUUGGUUUUAAAUCGUGAAUCAAUUGAUCGUAUGAAUGAAGAACGUCAAGAAGUUUUAGAAUCGAUUUCUCAUGUUCGUUUACAAUCAAAUAGUUUAAAUGUACAAAUGAAUCAAAUAUUAAAUCGAAAUAUACAAGCAGUCUCAACAAGCUAUGCGCAAAGUUUACUGUUGGCUAGUUUAGAUUCGAUUGAAAACGUGUCGACGAAUGUUAUCAAUGAAGGUUUAAAUCAAAUCCAAGCAUCAUUACAAGUGGCAAUUGAUCAAUUUAAUCUGGAACAUGAUCAAAUUAUAAAUUUCGCAAGAUGUAAAUUAAAAUUAGUGCAUAAUUGUAUUUUGCAAGAGGAUAAAUAUGGUAUUCUUAAAGAUGCAACGGAAAGCAUAAAAUUAUGUAUGGAACAAACUGUAAUUGAAGCAUUAAUGUUGCUGAAAAAAGUUCAAGAACAUUUACACUUGUUAUUAACAAUGUUAAAUCCUGUUCCUCAAGAGUUUCAUGAUUGUAUUAAUACAGCACCUACAGUGAGUCCCGAACGAGGUAUGGCAUUUUGUAUACGAACGAUUGGUAUAAAAUUUGUGAAAUCAAUAGCGCCACGAGCGUAUAAUGCAAUACGGGAUGUGUGUAAAAUAAGUCAAUUUAUUUUGAUGUUACCAAAAUCGUUAGAUGCAUGUGUUACGCGAAAUUUACGUACAACAAAAAUGGAAGCUGCUGAAAUUGGUGUUAAAGUUGCGAAAUGCCCACGAUCACGUCGCAUGAAAAAACCGAACAGUGGUAUCCAUGAUGAGAAACGUCCUCGUACUGCCUUCAGUGGAGCACAAUUACAACGUCUAAAGAAUGAAUUUGCUGAAAAUCGUUAUUUAACCGAACGCCGUCGCCAACAAUUAAGUGCUGAGCUAGGACAAAAGAAUCCAUUAGCACUACAAUUAAUGGCUCAAGGUUUGUAUAAUCAUUCAACCGUGCCCAUGUCUAAAGAGGAGGAAGAAUUACAAAUGCAAAUCAAUAAUCAACAUCGAUAG